GUUUAAUAUAAUAGUGCCAGAUGUUCAGGGUUUUGAUCUGCUACUGCCACAGUGGUACCCCUGUGGUCCGGACCUACAUAGACCAGCUGGCACAGGUACUCAGUGCACUCGUUGGGUGGAGUAAGAUAGUGACGUGUGGUAAUAGUGAGUGCAAUGGUGGUGGCGGUGGGAAUCAACAUGGCAAUAAAUCGGAGUGCGGUUAUUUAACAGAUGUAAAGCACGAGAACAAGUGUGACUCUUGUGGGUGUAUGAAAUGGGAUGUGGCCGAUCCGAACUCCCAAGGAACACCACUGGGAAGGAAGUGUCAGAGGUGUAGUGAUAGUGGUGGUAGUAGUGCUCAUAGGUGUGAUUGUAGUACUGGUGACAGCUGUAGUGCUGGGAAAGAGUGUAAAUGCGCUGAAGCAGGCAAAUGCUGCAAGUGUUGUUGUAAGGGAAAGUGUACCAAGUGUAGCGAUAAGUGUAGUUGUGAUAAGGGAAGCAGCCAUGUCAGUGAUGAAUACCAUAAAGACAGCUACAUGUCAGCGUAUCCCAGUGAUGCGUUUUCCAAAAGAAAGACUUUCAUCGAAUCUGAUAGAAUAGAAAAUCCGCCAUCGUGGAAAAAUUUAGAUUACUCACCACCUGAUAAAUUGACCAAUAAUGGUGGUACAAUCACAGACAGACGUCACAAAUGUGCCCGGAUAUUCCUAGGGUCAGUAUGUCUCAUCUGGAGUGGAAUUACCUAUAUGUAUUGGACAGGCAAGUACCAUAAAAGUAGCCCCCGGUGGAACAACCACAUCCUAGAUGGUAGUGGUCUAGAUGAUGGAAGUUUAUCUCAAUGGCUUCAGGCCCUAGGGUUUCCUAGGGAUAUGCUUAAUAACCAUGGUCCUGGAAAUAGGUGGGAUGCUAUUAUAUGGGAUGGGUUUAGGGGUAUGUUAUAUUUGGGAUUCCCGGAUACUGGUAGUGGUAGUGGUCAUGGCUGGGACACUGAGGGUAAUACAUUUAGGGAUCCAUCUAGUAUGAACUAUGCUGGAUAUAUACAUACUUUAGAGAAGGGUGCAUUUUGCAGCAACGGUAAUGUCUUCCCUAAGAAUGCUAAUGGCACCACCAGCAUAACUGACGAACAGAUGCACAAAUGUGGUGCCCUCUUCAAGCUCUACAUUCUAUCAUGUGCCUAUUUCACUGGGUUACAGAAAAGGAAUAGUGAGAGUACUCCAAGGACUCCCCGUACCAUCCGGGAAAUCCUAUACUGGCUAAGUGCAUUGCCCUAUAGUCCGGCGUACCCAGAGAUACUGAAGCAUGGUAAGCAUAGACUAACCGAAGUACUCAAGAAGCCUGGAGAAACUGAAUCUGGUACUGCCAACGAACAGAAACAGCUUUCAUUUCACCAAGUGGGUCGUAAUCAUCCCAUUACCGUCCAUGAAUUCAACCUGUUUGCCCACUUCCAAGCGGUGACCCAGUACUGCCCACUGGUCCUUAUCGGUAUCCAAGGAGGACUCAAAGACACUGACAGCACUAAAGAACCACCUAUCCACUCCCUGUAUGCCAACACGGAGUGUCACUUCACCUACCCAGAAGUACCCAUCCAAGCAUACAACCAGGUGGUGCACUACAUUAGGGCUCUGUUCUACCAGUUGUACUUUCUUAGGAAGCAGUGUGCAGUUAAAGUGACUUGUGGAGGCAAAUGGCGUGAGUGUAGGUAUGGUAAUGGGGUAGUGUCCAAGGGGGUUAUUAGCUGGAUGUGCCUGGGGUGUGACCCCAUGGAUCACGAUAGGAAAUGUAGGGUAAAUAAGGUAAAGGAUGAGAUAUUGAAGGGGGUGAUCAAGGGGACAUCAGGGGAUGUAGCAGUAAAGGUAAAGACACUACUAGGGGCUCUAGGGGAAGUCGUGGUGCAAUUGGGUAAUGCCCAGGAGGCAUUGGAAGGGAAGAAGGGAGAGGAGAUCAAUGCGGUGAAGGGGGCACUAGAGAAGGCUAAGGGGGGACUAGAUACGGCGGUGAAUGGGAAUGGUGGGCUGGAUGUGAAACUAGGGGAGGCUAAGACGGCACUAGAGAAGCUGACGAAUAGUGGUAGUGGUAAUGGAAUACUAAAGGAUGUAGAGACGAAACUAGAUAAGGCUAAUAGUGGUGAAUAUGAUCCUGGUAAGAAUGGGAUAAGUGCUGCUAUCCAUAAGGUAUUGGAAGUAUUGAGGCUGUUGAAAAAGUGGGCAGAGAACGAGGGGAAUGAGAUGAAUGAAGGCGCCAAAGAGGUAUUAAGUGUAUUUGCUGCAGGUUUAGACGAUAACUACAUAGAAGAAGUCCUUCAACAAGGGGCAUCCCACGAGUACACCAUACUGCUCCAGGCCAUCAACAAGCUCAUCUCCAUCUGCUGCUCUCCCAAGUGCCACAACUGCGGCAAACACUCCACCAAGUGUGGCCGACAGGGAGAGAAGAGGACCUGUGACAAGUGCCACCAACCAUACAUGGACGGCACGCCAUCCCCCCUCCAGGCAUUCCUGGAGGAUAGAUUGCCAGGCUUUAGUUGUGAUGUAGUACGAAACACUGACACAGACAAAGACACAGUGUAUCCACCUGCUGCAUCCCACUUAUAUCACAGCAAUAGUCCUGGCCAGUGCUGCCCAUUGCCUAUGGGUUUCAGAGGGCAAUUCUAUAGCGGCAGCACUAGUGAUAUGACUGGCCAACGCCUUUAUGGUAUCCUAUACUUCUUCAGUAACGAGAACAUGAUGCAGUCGUGUGUUUAUACACUAGUGAGAGUUACUGCAGCACUCAGUGCUACUACACCACAGGUACUGGGUGAUGUCUUUGGGUUCUUUAGGGGAGGGGUGGGAAAUAAAGAGGAAGGAAUGAUAAAGAGCCAGAAGAAAACGUGUGAUCACAGUAAAAAUAUAGGUGACCCAAAGCACAAGAAUGACUACUUUUGCGGCUGGUGUGCCUCAGGGUUACGGGAUGAAGUAAAAGGUAUCCAGUGGGUACCAAAGGGAAGUGACAGUGAUGGAGGGAACUACAUGGUCACUGUUAGUGCCUUUAGUGGCACGGAUAAUCACGUUCAGUGUCACCGUGACUAUACCAUUAAUGCUGGUGGUACCGAGGUCAUAAGGACACUGAUAGACCACUUGGCACUGGGACUACAGAAGUGGGUUGGGUGGCAGGAAGAUGAUAAGUGUUGUCUUAAGGGGGAUAAGAGUAAUGGUGGAGAGAGUAAGGGGAUAGGAAGGAAGUGUGAUUGUAAUGGUACUGUUGGUGCUGGCAAUUGUUGUACCAGUGGUGGUGGUAGUUGUCAAUGUACCACUGCCACUAGUGGUACGAACACGUGCUGCUAUAAAUCGGCCUACCAGAGACCAACUACUUCUCCUAGUGGAACCACCUCUUCAGAUCUCUUCCUUUGGACAUCCAUAUCCAUUGACCCCUCUAAGGUCCACCUCCUGGCCCGUAUUUUCCUAGGGUCGGUAUGUCUCAUCUGGAGUGGACUCAGUCAGUUGGGGUUCCUGACGGGUGGUGAUCAGAGGUGGAAGGAUAGUAGUUUGCACGGAAUAGACGGUGCUACUGCUGGUGUCGGCUCAUUCAUGGCUGCCAUGGGCUAUGACCUGGAUAGGUUGAAUCAAGGUAAAGGUGAGUACUGCCUAGGGUGGUCAUAUAGAGAAGAUAGCAACAAUGCUGUUCGGUUGAUAAUAAUGUGAUUCCAUUAAAGCCAUGUAUGUGGUA